AUGGCUGAAGAGAACGGUGACGAGCCCGUCAAGCGCGAUGUGCGCAACCACAUCCUGUUCGAGGUUGCUACCGAGGUAGCCAACCGUGUCGGCGGUAUCUAUUCGGUACUCAAGUCAAAGGCGCCCGUUACCACGGCGGAGUAUGGCGAACGAUACACCAUGAUCGGUCCCCUCAACAAGUCAUCCGCAGCGGUGGAGGUGGAAGAGCUCACUCCGGCCAGUCCAGCUAUGCGCGACACCAUCAAGUCGAUGAAAGAGCGAGGCAUUGAGAUUGUCUACGGUCGCUGGCUCAUUGAGGGUGCUCCUCGCGUGCUGCUCAUUAAUACCGGCACGGGUUACCGUUGGUUGGACGAGUGGAAAGGCGAUCUGUGGAAUGCAUCUGGCAUUCCGUCUCCCGCAGCCGAUCACGAGACCAAUGAGGCAAUUGUGUUUGGAUACCUGGUUGCAUGGUUCUUAGGAGAGUACAUUGCUCAUGAGCGUCGCCGUGCGGUCGUUGCCCAUUUCCAUGAAUGGCUCGCUGGUGUAGCUCUGCCUUUGACCAAGAAGCGACACAUGGACCUCACCACCAUCUUUACCACGCACGCUACACUGUUGGGUCGCUAUCUCUGUGCCGGAUCGGUUGAUUUCUACAACAACCUGCAGUACUUUGAUGUGGAUGCCGAGGCUGGUAAGCGUGGAAUCUACCACCGCUACUGCAUUGAACGAGCUGCCGCCCAUAGCUGCGACGUAUUUACAACGGUCUCACACAUCACCGCCUUUGAAAGCGAACACCUGCUCAAGCGCAAGCCCGACGGUGUCUUGCCCAAUGGUCUGAACGUCAAGAAGUUUUCUGCAAUGCACGAGUUCCAGAACCUACACUCGCAGGCGAAGGAGAAGAUAAACGACUUUGUCCGUGGACACUUCUACGGUCACAAUGACUUUGAUCUGGAUAACACUCUUUACCUCUUCACCGCUGGUCGGUAUGAGUACCGCAAUAAGGGUGUGGACAUGUUCAUUGAAGGACUGGCUCGCCUCAACCACCGGCUGAAAACGAGCGGGUCGAAUAUGACCGUUGUAGCCUUCAUCAUCAUGCCGGCUCAGACAUCCUCGUUGACGGUGGAGUCGCUCAAGGGCCAGGCAGUAGUGAAGUCUCUCCGUGAUACGAUUGAGAACAUCGAAAAGGGCAUUGGAAAGCGUAUGUAUGAACGCUGUCUGUCAUGGAAGGAAGGAGAGAACAUGCCAGAUGAGAAGGAUCUCAUCACCAGCCAGGAUCGAGUGCUGUUGCGUCGUCGACUCUUUGCGAUGAAGCGCCAUAGUCUCCCGCCAAUUGUCACUCACAACAUGGUCAACGAUUCGGAGGAUCCUAUCCUGAACCAGCUCCGCCGCGUUGAAAUGUUUAACAAUUCCUACGAUCGUGUUAAGAUUGUCUUCCAUCCAGAGUUUUUGAACUCGUCCAACCCAGUGCUACCGCUAGACUACGAUGACUUUGUUCGUGGAACCCACCUGGGAGUCUUCCCGUCCUACUACGAGCCAUGGGGAUAUACACCGGCGGAAUGCACAGUCAUGGGUGUUCCCAGCAUCACAACUAAUCUCUCCGGCUUUGGAUGCUAUAUGGAGGAGCUUAUUGAGAACUCUUCGGAUUAUGGUAUCUACAUUGUCGACCGCCGCUCAAAGGGAGUUGACGACUCAGUCAAUCAAUUGACCGAGUUCAUGUACAACUUUACCAUGAAGAGUCGGCGCCAGCGUAUCAACCAGCGAAACCGAACUGAACGAUUAAGUGAUCUGCUCGAUUGGAAGCGGAUGGGCUUGGAGUACGUCAAGGCCCGCCAGUUGGCCCUACGCAGAGCCUAUCCUUCUUCGUUUGACGGAUCUGAGGAUUACUUCAACAUCAUUGGAGGAACUGAGCAGAAACUUUCUCGACCUCUGUCUGUUCCAGGUUCCCCGCGUGAUCGCUCUGGCAUGAUGACACCCGGCGAUUUCGCAUCACUUCAGGAAGGUCGUGAGGGAUUGGGAACAGAAGACUACAUUUCCUGGAAGCUGCCUGAGGAGGAAGAACAGGAAGAGCACUUUUACCCACUGACCCUGCGGACGCGCAAGUCCACAGAUCGUCCCCAGUCCCCACUUGACAGUAUCGCGAUCAACGGAAAUGGGGUAAGCCAAGCCAAGGUUGAAGCGUAA